GAAUGCUACCAUCUGAGACAUGACCAAUCAGCACCCCUGCACACUGUGAUAGCGUUAUUGGAGACCCUCGUGUUUGCGGACCCUAGUUGGCGGAAUUGCUACAACAAGAGGCUCUGCGUUGAUACUUCCUACGCCUUUUCGAGUCAUUUCCUCUCGGUUGUAAUGGAUGCCCCAGGUCGGACCGAAAAUGCGAUAAGCUUGGGAUGGGUCUAAAAGAAAGGGGCUCGCUCUUUUUCCUAGUAGCCAGGCCAUCUGAUCAAAUUUUCUCUCUCUCUCUCACUCAUCUUCUCCGUUCUCAAGGUCAAAACCAAAGAACAAAUAAACGAACAGCAACAACAAAAUGCGCCCCUCCAUCCUCCUCACCACAGCCCUCUCCCUCCUCCUAACCACCACCCCCACCACCGCCAAAGACACCGACACCACCACCGUCCUUGGCGUCUUCAGCCCCUCCUGGGACGCCGAAUACCAAAAAUACGGCGGUUGGACCAGCACCGGCGCCAGCAUCGCCAAUCUCAACGCCGUCAAAACCACCUUCGAAGUGGGCUGUCUAAAAGACGCUCCCAAAACAGACUGCGACAUGAAGAAAUCCUACACUAUCGUGCAAGGGCCCGAGACCGUCAGCGUGAGUCAGGUGUACACGGCCUCGACGUCAGAUGCGAAGUCGAGCUACGAUUUGACCCUCACCCGGUGGUAUGAAUGUUCCAUGAAAUCUUACACCGAGGAUGUGACUUGCACUAUGAGUGUGGAUAUGACGGGGAGUGCGGAUGGGGCGACAGUGGCGUCGUCGACAUCGGCCAAGUCGACGUAUAAGACGGCUACGAGCUCGUUUUAUAGUCUUGUUGUUACGGGGGGGUUGAAGUCGUUGACGGCGCCGGCGGCGACGGAGACGGCUGGGGGUGCUGGGGCUGGGCCUGUGGCGGCGAUGAUUACGGCUGCGCCGGUGGCGGCGGUGGCUGUUGUGGCUGCUUUGGUUUAGGAGAGAAGAGAGACUGUACGUGUUGGGAGGGAUGAAGUGUGAGGGUUUGUGAGUGGGUAGGUAGUAGUAAUGGUGGAGGGAGGAUGCUGCUUGGAGUGGUUUUUGUGUUGUCGUUGUUGUUGUAUGUUGUAAUUGUGUUAUAUGAACCCCUAAUGUCUAUACCCCCUGAAGUUGAUGAAUGGCCCCAUAGUGUAUGUGAUGAUGAUGGAUGGUUUGCUUAUUGAGAUGCAUCAUAAUCUGGAUUGAAGUCUUCACGCGAGCAGUAGAAGAGUUGUAGCGAAACCAGAGGUACGGAGUUGAGGUAAUGGGAGAGAAGAGAGAUGGAGAGACGUCUAUCAACUGCCUGGCUUCUCGGGAAAGGCUCGGGCAGAACCGGG